CAGCGCAACCAAUCGCGUGUCGGGAAACAGAGCUCGGGGCUCAACAGCUUGUUGUUCGUGUAUCGCUUUGCAACCCGAGCGAGAGGGGAAGCAGCCGCGUCCGUGAAUUGAGCCACAAUCUUCCGAGCUGGACUCCCUCAAAUAGCCGGAAAGAUGAAGGCAGCAGACGAGCCUGCCUACCUGACAGUGGGGACGGAUGUCAGUGCCAAAUACAGAGGAGCAUUCUGUGAGGCCAAGAUCAAGACUGUUAAACGCAUGGUGAAGGUGAAGGUCAAUCUGAAAGGUGAGAGUACGUCCCAGGUGGUGCAGGAUGACCAAAUCAAAGGACCACUGAGGGUGGGCUCCACUGUGGAGGUGAAGACAAACGAGGGUAUAUCCAGCGAGGCUGUCAUCAGUAAGCUGACAGACGCCAGCCUCUACACUGUGGUGUUUGACGAUGGAGAUGAGAAGACUCUUCGUCGUACGUCUCUGUGCCUGAAGGGAGAGAGACAUUUUGCAGAGAGCGAGACGUUGGACCAGCUGCCGCUGACCAACCCGGAGCAUUUCGGCACUCCGGUCAUCGGCAAGAAGUCAAACCGUGGGGGGCGCCGUUCAUCUCAGGCUGUGGCUGAUGAGGAGAAUGAGUCUUCGUCUAGUGAGGAUGAGGAGGACGACAGGAGGAGGCUGAACGACGAGCUGCUGGGAAAGGUCUGCAGUAUUGAGAAUGAGGAGCCCAGCAGCUGGUACCUGGCUCUGGUGGUGUCUCCCAGCUGUCACGAUGAGCUGGUGGUGAAGAAGGAUCAGUGUCUGGUCAGAGCCUUCAGCGACUGCAAGUUCUACACGGUGGCAAGGAGACAUGUCCACACUGUCAGCUCCAUCAGCAUCUCUGAGUACUCCUGCAGGAGAGGGUUUGAAGCAGCCGAGGAGUUCCUAAAGACCGGGGAGGUCCCAGAUGUCUGGAAGAUGGACAUGAGUCAGAUCCUGGACUCUUCCUCCAGCGAUGAUGAGGACGAUGAAGAUGAGAAGGAGAGUGAUGAGGAUGAGGAGGAUGAAGACGAGAAGAAAAAGAAGAAACACAUAAAGGAGGAGCCGGAGGAGGAGCCAGAUCCAGAGGAGAGAGACCACUUCCUGCAGCAGCUCUACAAGUUCAUGGAGGACAGAGGAACUCCCAUCAACAAGCCUCCAGUGUUGGGUUAUAAAGACCUGAACCUCUUCAAGCUCUUCAGACUGGUCUAUCACCAUGGAGGCUGUCACAAGAUUGAGUCUGGGACCGUGUGGAAGCAGGUCUACAUGGAUCUGGGAAUCCCCGUCCUCAACUCUGCUGCUUCCUACAACGUCAAGACGGCCUACAAGAAGUACCUGUACGGGUUUGAGGAGUACUGCCGCUCCGCCUCCAUCACCUUCAGGACCAUCCAUCACAACAACCCCCGCCCUCCCACCACAGCGGCAAAUCACAAGCCACCGGCAGCAGAGAUUAAAGAGCCCUCCACACCACCGAUGAAGGCAGAGGCUGAGGAUGACAAGGUGGAGGAGGCGGAGUCAGAGAGUGAGAGCGAAGAGGAAGAGGAGGAGGUGAAGGAGAGACAGUUGUCCCCGAGGGGGAGGAGGAGGUGUGUUGGGAAUCAGGUGAAGCCAGACAGAGAGUCGCCCUCAAGACCAGAGAAGAGAGGGGGAGGAGACAGCGUUGAGGAGCAGAGGGAGGUGAGAAGACGCAGCAACAGAAGAAUGGAAGACUCUGAGAAAGGCUCUGAGGAAGAGGAGGAGGAUGAGGACGACGAAGAGGAUGAGGAGGGGGAGAGGAGGAGAGGAGACGGUGAGGAUGAGGAGGAUGGGGACUCUGUGACGGGGACGAAGGUCCGGGUGAAGUACGGCAGAGGGAAGACUCAGAAGAUCUACGAGGCUCACAUCAAGAAGACGGACGUGGACAACGGAGAGCAGUUUUACCUGGUUCACUACUACGGCUGGAACGUCAGAUACGAUGAGUGGGUGAAGGCUGACCGGAUCAUCUGGCCAGCGGAGAAAGGGACGAAGAAGAGACAGAGGAAGAAGGUGAAGAACAAGGACGAGGUGGAGCGGGACAGAGACAAAGAGGAAGAGAAGCCGCCAUCGCUGCCGGUGGGGAAGCCUCCAGGAGGGAAGCGAGGUCGUCCUCAAAUCAGGACGACGCCCACAGGCUCAGCGGGACGCAGCGUCUCCAAAACACCCAGCACAGAAGGACGUUCCAACGGCAAGAGAACGGAGACGCCGUCCAGCAUGGCCAACGGAGACAACACUCCUCGCAGGAGAACCAGGAGAACGUCGGGAAUGUACGACUCCGACAGAGCAUCCAAUGAGGAUUCUGGGAACUCAUCAGAGGACAGCGAAACAGAAGACCCACCUGACAAGAAGCCGUCGCCCUGGCGAGGGAGGACUGAAGCCCCACCCUGCCAGAAGGAGAAGGAGAAGGAGGAGGAGGUGAAGGAGGACACGAAUGAGGUCACCAGUGUCACAACGACCGCCAGUGAAAAUGACAGUGCUGUUGCCGCGGCAAUAGCAAGUCAGCUGCCUGUCGCCACGGCACCGCCGAGUCCCAGCACACCUCCGAAAACGGACAAAUUCCUGAGCCAAUCAGAAAAGGAGGAGGCGGAGCAGAGGGAGGAGCCAACAGUAGAAGCUGCCAUGUUGCUCGUUCAACUGGAUAAGGAGGAAAAAACGUCUCCGGAGCGAGUCAUGAAGACGCUGUCUGUCCAAGAGACGGACAAAACGUCCCCCAGCAGGGCGUCUCCUCUGCCUGACAACAACUUGCCUCCUGAGGAGCAGCUGUCCUCCCCUCAGCCUGUCCCUGCAGAAGAAGAGGACAGCAGGUCCACUCCUCUGUCCUCCCCCAGGUCCAAAGGGCGUAGGGCCCUCCUCAGGGAGGCGGGAUCUGAAACUCCUCCCAGAAUACCCCUCUGCACCCCAGCCCCCACUGCCAGCCCCUCCCAUGUGGCAUCUCCUCCUCGCGGCGUCCUAAAGAGACAGGAUGAGCCCAUGGUGGUUCUUCACUUCCUCCCCACUCAGCACCUCCCCCCUGAGUCUCCCGCCGCUGACUCUGACACAGACUCCGCCACAGAGGAGGAGCAGGAGGAGGAGGAGGGGCGGUUAUCUGAAGAGAGGAGCAGCUCCACGCUUAAACGUAAAGCAGCAGAGCAACGAGCAGCAGACAAGAAGCUCCGCCCCGACAGGAGGCAGGAGGAGGCCGCCUCCCCGAAAACUUCCCCUGCCCCACCCAAGAUGAACCUCUCCUCCCCCCUCCGCAGGGGGGAGUCAGAGAGAAGAAGUGAGGGAGUAAUGAAGACAGAGGAGUGGCCCCGCCCGAUGGAGGAGACGCCGAGGAAGGUGUCAGAGGAGCGUCUUAUGGGUGGAGCCACAAAGGAGUCAGAGGUGCACACUGGGACGCCAACUCCUGCUCCGGAGGCCCCGGGCCCCUCCCCCGCAGAGGAGCUGGAGAUCGGCCCCGACGCACUGGUCUGCCACGAGGUGGACCUAGACGACCCAGAUGAGAAGGAGAAGCCUUCCACCGCCCCAGAGCACCUCCUCCUGAUGAUGAGGGAGUCACAACCAGCUCCGCCCCCGCUGCCCAGCCUCCUCCACACCUCCCUCCCCUCCCCACACACCCCCCACCUCCCCCAGCCGCAGCUCAGGCCCUUCAUGCCAGUCACAACACCCAGCGCUGCCGCCUGCCCUGAGGAGCUCCACCCAGCCAGGAGCGCUGCUGAGGAGGAGAGAGGAGUAACAAGGGGGGAGCAGGAGGGAGACUCCAGUCCCGGGUUUGAUGGCAGCGCCUCCUCUUCCUCCACCUCCCUUCUGUCACUGCAGGAUACGAAGGACAGAGGUCAGAAGAGGGUGAUGGACUGUAACUCGAGCCCGACGGCCAAGAAACAGAAACGCAACCAGAAACGACCAAACACACCUGGGAAGGUGGAGAAGAACGGAGCAGGUCACAGCAGUGACAGUGAGGACCAGUCUCGUCUGUCUCUGUCUCAAAAGUCUCACAAGUCUCGUUGUCCAGGUCUCUCAUCUCCGUCGUCUCACAGUAAAGACAAACACAACUUCUCCCCUCAGAGGACGUACAAGUGGACCUUCCAGAUCGAUGAGCUGGACAGCAUGUCGAGCACAGAGAGGAUCUCCUUCCUGCAGGAGAAGCUGCAGGAGAUCAGGAAGUACUACAUGACCCUGAAGUCGGAGGUGGCGUCCAUCGACAGACGGAGGAAGAGACUGAAGAAGAAGGAGAGAGAAGUGUCCAACACAACGGCGUCCACGUCGUCGGGCUCCUCAGACACAGGUAUGAGUCCGUCCUCGGCCUCCCCGACUCAGAACACCGUCGCUGUGGAGUGCAGGUGAUGACACGCCCACCAGUGACACGCCCACAUCAUCAGCCACAGCCCUUCCAACCACAGACUCCGCCCACUCAGCCAGCUCUGAGGGCAUGAUGGGAAAAAAAACAAAAUCCCUCCAGGUCAGAGGGGGGAGGGGGAUAGGGGACUACCACCUGACAUUAGCCCCGCCCCUCACUUGUGGACUGACUUCCUGUUUGAGGAGAGAAAGGAGACAGAAAAAUCAGCUGUCUGUUCAGCCGCCACAGAACACUUUCGUUCCUUUCUUCCCUCCUUCCUCCCUUCCUUCCCUUCCUCCAGUGCGUCAGUGCAUCUCCUAAUUUCAAAAUAAAGUGAGAGGUAAUUUUCUCUGGUUUAAUUUUCUUUAAGUUCAAACAGGAAACAGAUUCCUGAAGCUCAUUAUGCAAUCUUUCUUUUCUUUUUCUUUUCUCGUUAACUCAGCGUUUUUUAAGAAAACAAGAAAAGAUAAAAAAAAAAAAAGUUUCCUGACUUCCUGCUGUGAAUGUUUUUGGUCUUUUUUAUACGGAAUCAGAGCUUUUAUUUUGGUAAAAACAAACAAAAAAAAUGUCCAAAAAGUUUCUGAUGUCACAGUCGGAGAGAAAAUUAAAUAUUUGUAGAGACAGGUUGGUUUUUUUUGUUAUUUUUGUGUAAAAUAAUUAAAAUAAAUCUUAUUUAUUCAGUUUUCUAAUGUGUGUUGGUCGUAUGGAAGAUCAUUACUGCCAGGAAAAUAAACUGAGCAUAGAAAACUCAUUUAGAGAUUGUAAAAUAAUUAAAUGAAAAAUACUCAUAAUAAAAAUGGCAUGAUUUUGAUUUAAAAAGUCUUAAAAUUUUUGAUGUAAACUUAAUAAGUGUAACUUCCAUAUCUCAUGAUUUUGAUUGAGGAAAUUGAAGAUCAGAUCUCAUUGUUUGAACUGGCUAAAUCUGGAUUUGAAUCACAAUUCGUUCACUUUGUUACUCAAAGUCUUAAAAUGCCAUUUUAAUCUAAAAAAUUUCAAUUGAAAAAAUGAAACUUCUACUAAUUUUCAAUUGACUAAUUCAAAAUUAAAAUAAUGUGACUUUUUAUCUCAAAAUUCUGACUUGAAAGUUCAUUAAUUACAAAAAAAAGUAAAUUUAUCAUCUCAAUGUUCCUUUAGUUAAUUAAAAUUGAGACUUUGAUAUUUACUUUUGACUUAAAAACUUUGUCAGUAUUCUGACCUCAAGUGAUUUUGAAUUUAAUUUUUUGAAAAACGUCUGUAAUGUGGCCUCAUCUCUCGACUCUGACUCGUUAAUAUUUAUGACUCGUGGUCAUGAUUCAUACCACGAGUAUCCUUCAUAUUUCAUCGGUUUAUUUUUCUUCUGGCGGCUUUGAUCUUCUGUACAAUUAGCACUGAUGUUGCUCCUGGAGAACCUCUGCUGCACUCCCCGACUCUUCUUCUGUGGUUUCUGUCUGACAGACGGCUGUUUCCUCAACAUUUCUGUGUUUGUACAUAAAAGCUCGGAGUAAAGAAAAGAAUAAAACACACCAUGUAUUUGAGAAGUACGUUUUACACGCCUGUAAAGAAUGAUUUAUAAUAUUUUUUAAGAGAAGACUGUUUGUAUUAUGAACUCCUCCUCUGUUGUUUUUUUCUAUGUGGUGUUUUGUUAGCGGCGGUUCGAGAGCGACGACUGUAAAUACACACAAACACACACACACACACUUCCUCCUGAAAAGAGAAGCCAUGUUGGAACUGUGUGACAAUAAACAGCUCUCUGUUUCUAAUAAAGUUUUUAAAUAUG